AUAUUUCCAACUUCAACAUAACGACCCGUCCUUCUCUACGUUCCUUCCAACACGAAUCCUCUCCUCCACUCUUCUUUCCCUCUUAAUCCUCCAUCGCCAGGUCAAAGGCAAUCUUUAUCGUCCUCUCUCUUCUCUACUCUCCACAACCCAACAAACCCGCUACGACCCUUUGGACCACUCGACACAUUGCCUCCUCUUUGACGAUAAUAGGGCAGCCUCUUUUCCACUUUGCGACAACCUCACGACUCGUUGACUCGACGUCACCUUUUGUUCGCAACCCAUAAUACGAGGGACCUUGUGAUCUCCAGAAGUCCCAAAACGUUCCAACUGGAGGCCUAAUUCUACUUGGAGUCUUCUUUUUCUCUCUCUGCUAUUCUCCUUUUGUUUUUUUGGUCAGACGCCCACUGCUCAGCCGGACUGUUGAGGAACAAAGGAAAACCAGGAGCUCCUAUACUCUCCUUUUCUUCUUCUCUCUAGCCCACUGGCAUUUCUUUGUCUACUCCAUCGGUCGGCUCGGUCUUUGGCUCCAGCUAAAGUACCACUUGUUCCUGCGACCCUAUUUUGCAAACCGUCCCCCCUAGGAUACAGGUCCAGGAAACUCUUGGUCCAACCGACAAACCCAGAUAUAUCCAAUAAUAUGCAGUUCCCAUAUGGAUACCCGACGCCCCCAGCCUCUCCGUCGCCCUUCGAGAUCCCAAAGUGCGCCAUUCAGUCACAAGUACAGCAGCAGCCGAGAUAUGUCCCAACGGCUCCUGAGGCUAGGUUAGGAAGGUUCCUUGCCGGAACCCUCCAGCUCCAAGGAAUCCUCGGAACCGGCGCAUACGGUGUGGUAUACUCGGCUGUGGACGUUAAGACCCAGGUCAGGUAUGCCGUCAAGACCCUCAGCAAGUUCAACACCGACGGCACACCCCUCGAUAGGAGACAGGUUGCUUUCCAGCAGCGCGAGAUCCGCCUGCACUGGCUCGCAUCUGCACACCCCAAUGUUGUUUCGAUGUUGAAGAUCAUCGAUGACCCGGAAUGUAUCUACGUUAUCUUGGAGUACUGCCCUGAAGGUGAUCUCUUUUAUAACAUUACCGAGCGUGGACAGUAUGUUGGUAAGGACGCUUUGGCCAAGCAGGUUUUCCUUCAGAUCCUGGAUGCCGUGGAGUACUGCCAUUCCCAGGGUAUCUACCACCGUGAUCUGAAGCCUGAGAACAUCCUGGUGUCCAACAAUGGAGAAACCGUCAAGCUGGCGGAUUUUGGCCUUGCUACCUCUUCGGACCGAUCUGAGGAUUACGGAUGCGGAUCGACCUUUUACAUGUCUCCUGAGUGUCUAGAUCAUACUACCAGGAGGCCAUACUACUUUUGUGCACCAAACGAUGUGUGGAGCCUGGGAGUCAUUCUGGUUAACCUUACCUGUGGCCGUAACCCUUGGAAGCAGGCCUCAUUCGAGGACUCUACCUACCGGGCAUACACCCGGAGCAAGGAUUUCCUCAAGACUAUCCUGCCAGUAUCGGAUGAGUUGAAUGAUAUCCUGGCUGCCAUUUUUACCCGGAACCCUGAUGAGAGGAUCACUCUCCCGGAGCUCAAGGCCAAGAUUGCUGCCUGCCCCAGGUUUACUGAACAACAACAGAUGGCCCCGUCGGCAUCACCAGAGUACAUCUCUUACGUUGAGGAGGAUGCCAUUGUGGAUGACGAUGAGGACUACGAGUACGAAGACGCCCCACUUUCGCCUGCGUCGUCCGACGCCUCCGAUGACGAGUCCAUGAGCGACUCCAGCCUCGAGGAUCUUGAGGAUGACUCAGAGGACGAGGAUGACUAUUGCCCGGGUCCACGCGAUGCUGUGACGCCGCCCCCUCACCCAGAGUCGGGCGCUGUCAUCUUUGACCCGGACUCGGCCGUCCAUGGCCACGUUGGAUUGUCAUCCGAAUACGUUCAACAUUUCCAGGGACAUUCCACAGUACCUCCGAUGCCUAUUCAGGUUCCAUCACAGCCAGUACAGAUGAACAUGCCCUUUGGUCACCACCACAUGCCUAAGGCUGCAGUUCCUGUGAACCCAUACCCCAUGCACCACCACAUGCCACAUCUCUUGGAUGUUAUGUACAAGUACCAGGUGCAGCAUCCUGCUCCUAUGCCUGUCAUGCAUCAUCCUCAUCCGGUUCACUUCCAUCAGCACCACCAGGUACCCAUGUUUGCCUGCUACUGAAAAUCUUCUGCCACGCUGCUUGGAAUUCCGGGCAUUAUACGACAACGCUGCAUUUUCCUGGGCUUCCAUUUAAGUUACCAGCGUGUAUUACGACAAAAACAAAAGCUAUCACGACAAAAGCCGGACUCUUGAUUUGUGUUUCGUCCACUAAAAAAUUCACCAAAACAUUUAACUGUAUUUAAUUCGGGGCCCUAACGACACUUUGGCCAAUUGUUUUUGCUGCAUUCUUUGCCUAUCUUUUACAUUUUCCUUUGUUCAAGGUCCAAGCCGAGCAGUUCGUGUGAGGACAAGUAUUACUUUGGAACGGAACAAUUCCUUUUUUUUCUGUUUUUUUAACGAUGGAGCAAGAAAUGUUUUAGGUCGUGGGUAUGACCGAGAUCGUAUGGAGUUGGGGGUUUCAAUUUGUCCAAGACAAAGGCAGGUUUGAUCUUUUUGGCUAUUGCUUUUUUCUUCUUUUUGGGCGGCAAUCUCUUUUCUGUUCAAAAGACCACUAGAACGGAAGGAGUCUUUUUUUUAAAACUUCACGAUAUCGGGAGCUCACAGAGGAGUUUGCUUUGAGCUUCUGCGAGACAGUCGUUUGGAUGAUACCAUUUUUCCUAUUUUUCAUUCACAUCAAUGUGUUCUGUACAGUUUACUUUUUUUGGUCGGAAGCGAGUCCUUUUCUGUUACGAGAGAUCAAAAUCUGUCUUGGGAAAUGUUUGGAGGCCACAUUUGGAAAAUAUUUUUUUGUUGCCUAGACAAUGACAGGAGGAGGAAGAAGGGCGUCAAAACCCCUGAUAUCAAAGCAAGCUACUGAUGGGAAAGAACCCGAGGUGCUGCAAAAAAAAUACAAGAUGAUGAACGACCCUCGUCAGAUGGCGAGUGGUCAAACCCAACAAAACAUAUCCAUGGUUCCUGUUAAUGAAUAAUGUGAC